CGUAUAUACUAAUGAAAAGAAGUGGCUAUCGAAAUAGAUCCACAUAGGUUUAUAAACACCAAGAAGAAGGCAGAAUCAGCAGCAGUGUAGAUACAUUAGUACUAGUUAUCUGACAUAUAGAGUAAUCGGGAUCGCAAAAAGUAUGGUGUCGGUUGAGGUAGUGCACGAAGUGCAAGGGCAUAUCAACAAUGUCACAUGUGCAAAAUUCUUGCCCAAGGACCAAGUCUUCAUUACAGGGUCCGAGGAUCAGUCACUGAGGGUGUGGGUGAUGCGUGAGAAUGGCGUGUGGUGGCCAUGUUCCAUCGAGUUCCUGGAUUCUUCAAUCACCUGUCUGGACUUCGAUACGGAAAGCAGAACACUAGUCGUGGGCACGGCAAACGGCGUGGUGAUGUUGUACAGUGUGUCCAAGGACUUCAAUACGGUUGAGCGGGUGUCCGUCAUGCGCGCACACACAGGCAAUGUGUGUGCUGUGGCUGCUAAUGGGGCGGACGGGUUCAUCGCCAGUUGUGGCGACGACUACUUGUUUCAGGUGCAUUCGAUCUCUUCCAAACAACGCCUUGGCCAAUACAAGGCGGCCGUGGGGCUGAAGUCUAUGUGUUUGGUGUGCGAUGAGAAUACCAACGAUACCAGCGUAUACGUGGGCACAGAUGGUGGCGAGAUCCUGGCUCUCUCUGUGAGCGAGACAGGUACAGUGUCCUUUGGUCCUGCGCUAGACGGUCACAAGUCGGCCGUCACUUCACUUGCGUACGCUAACAGCUGCAGAACUCUCAUAUCCGGUUCGCAAGACAAAUUGGUAGGUCUCUGGAAGCUGGACGAGAUGUCUUCUACUUCGUCGGGGACCUCCACACCCAUCAGCGUCCGUCCUAUUCUGUUGCACAAACACACCGCCCCUGUUACUUCGGUCACAUACUCGUCACUUACUAAUGAGGCGCUUACGGUGGAUGCAGAAGGCAUGUGCUGCAUAUGGGAUAUGUCAGUGGAGCGAGAGCCUCCAGUCACAUGGCACAUCUCAGAUAUGUGUGAGCUGUGCGAGAAACCGUUCUUCUGGAAGGUCCAGGAAACCCCUGUGUCCGUUGGAUCGUUCAACUUCUCUCUACCGAAAUUCAACGUAAACAGACAACAUCACUGCCGACAAUGCGGGAAAGCAGCCUGUAUAAACUGUGUGCCACAUAAGAUACUGCUCACAAAGAAUGGAUACGAAGUGCCUGUAUACGUGUGCCGAGAGUGCUUCCCAGCCUUAUCGCCCGAUGUGAGCAAGCCCACCGUGCACGUGGUGAAGCUCAAGGACAUGUGCAAGGUCGAGUGUAUGGGCGACUCCGACCAAUUCACGGCCGUACACAAGGAUUUUGCUGCCAGGGUGAUCAAAUUUGAGAAGAAUUCCCGAUAAUAUUGCUGAUCCUUGCUGCUGCUGUUCGUGCUUGCCCCGGGGUAUACAGGUCUUCUGAGCACACACCUGCACAGCUACAUGUUUUACAUACAUCCUUUCGCGUGUGUACGUUCUGUCCACGAUUAGCGCAUGCUCCCCACUACAUUGCUACGCUAUGGUUUCCGCUGCCAGCCCUACAAAACGGCGCAUGUCCGGAGGAGUCAACACCGUGUGCGUCUUGCUGAGACCCUCCAAGCUCUGCUUAGUCGUGCUGCAGCAGGCGAGAGCACAGUCGGCUACUGUGUGCACUGACAGAGCCCCCGACAGAUACUUGUUAUUACGCACCGCAUGAUGGCCAAUACCCUGGUGUUGGAGUGUUCGUUUUGAUUAUGAGGAUACAAGGGUCGGGAUCAGGAUAGGGACUAUCGCACUUAUUUGUCCAUGUAUGAGACAAAUGGAUAUGUUCUCAACUAGGGAUGAGAUAUUUAGUCUCGCUUCUACCAGACAAUUCAGAAAGAACAUACUUUUAGGGCCAUUCCAGCCAAAUAGAAGGGCAGCCGUUGAACACCAAAGAGCAUCCCCGGUUGUAGCACCGCUAUUGGAGAAAAGAAAUAGCGGGACGCAAUUGUCACUUACGAGUUGUACUGUGACUACUCGAAUACUUGAUCUCCCAGCAUUAAAGCAAAUCGUAGUAUUUGAUUAUAGCGUGCAAGCUGAGCAUUCUUUUGUACGUACAAAACAGGGCGCAGACUGCGUCUCUGCUGAGUGCAGCUACAUCUUGAAUGGUAAGUAACCAAUACCUGUGUGCAUGCUGGUUUCGUUCCGCAUGGCCUCCUCGGCAUCCUGCUUGGACCGCAUGAAGGCUGUGUGCCUAACCCAGGGCGGAGCUGUAUGAUCCAAAUAAAAUUAUCCACACGAGUUAAC